CCCUUAUUCUUUUGAAAUCAUACGUAUUACAAACUCAUCGCUCCUGGUCUCUUAGGAUCCGGCAAUACUCGUUGGUUUUUGGGUUUAGAGGAGCCAGUCGCAGCAGCAAUUUUCGUCCUUAUGGCUUCGUUUGGCUCUCUGAAAACUGAAAUCUUCGAUCGGGAAGCUCGAAAACAGCAAUACCAAGCUCAUGUCCGAGGUCUCAACGCCUACGAUCGGCACAAGAAGUUCCUGAAUGAUUACGUCAGAUUCUACGGGAAAGAAAGGUCCGACAAUGUCAACUUGCCUGUUAAGACGGAUCAGGACACUAUAAGAGAAGGUUACCGAUACUGCAUAGCUGACAUGUCGUUUUACAAGAGUGGCAAGGUGAACUUUUCUUAUUUUGAAGCUGGAGAAAAUAAGCAAGCGCUUGUGAAGUUGGUGGCAUGUGAAAAGUGUGCAGGGAAGCUUAAUUACAGAAACAGAAAAGAGAAAGAAAAACUGGAGAAGGAGAAAGAAGAGCAGAAAAGAAAGAGGGAACGAUACCGUAAUGACGACCAUUCAGGCAGCGACGACGAGGAUCGUAGCAAAGAGAAGAGGAGAAAAGGUAACAAGGCCUCUGCUUCAAGGAUCGACCAUGACGAUGAUGACAGCUUUAAUGAGUUCCUUGACGGAUUGUUUCUAUAGCCACCCUUGUGCAUGAUGCGUCCACAACGAAAACCUUGAUUUCAUAGGUGCUAAUUUCAUUGGUUUAGAGAACCCUCGUGAUGUGAGAAGUAAGGCUCUGGAAAGAAGCAACGCUAUAGAAAGAGUGUAAUAUUUCUAAUUUCGUUGGCCUAUGUAAAAUUUGCCGCCAAUGUUUUAUCAUUUAUGUAUCAUGGAUGGUAGAAGUAACAAACCCUCGGUAUUUUCUUAUAGACAAUUGCUGAUGCAGACUGCGGUGGCAAAGAAUCUAGGCUAAAUAAAUACAAUAAAUUAUUAAGCAGUAGUCACAAUUAUGAAAAUACUAUUUAUUAGC